AUGCAGUUGAGACCUCGGCGCCCUGCUCUGAACCCAGAGGGUCAUGUCUCCUGGAAAACGGCAUCAUCCCAGCAGGCGAGCUUAAAAUUGAUGGUAGGCCAACAGUCGACCGAGGUUACUAGACCUACAGCAUCGGGGCCAUCAUGUCCGGCGCCUCAACCGUCGGAACCAGUUUUAGUUGGCCAAAUCCUACCAGACCCCAUUCUCGACAUGAGCCUGCGGAGUCACGGAGGUGAAAAGACAAGCCUACGAGCGAUUCUAGAUCAGAUUGACGGUGACAUCCUUGUCCACGUCUUUUCACGCACAACCAGAAAGCAGCUCCGAGAGGAGUUCGAGAGAGCAUGCACGAGGGAACGCUAUCCACACAUCACCCUGACCAGUGUCGGCAUGUCUACCUAUCCGGUAUCUAUUUAUGCGUCUAUUUCUGAUAACGCACUAGAAGGAAUCGAAGGCCUGCCGCGCUUCCUGAUAAGCGACCCCAAGAAACAAUUCUUGGACGCUAUGGGCUUCGUCCGGCCCAGUUCAACGUCCAAGGCUUCGGCUACGCGUAUGCGGCGUCAAGGGCCUCUUCGGUGUGGGUUCUUCAUAGUGAGGAAAGACAAGACACUGUUCGCCAAGGAGACAGGGACUUUGGAGAAUGUGUAUGAGGCUAUCAUAAGGGCGGAGAAGAAACUCCAUAAAGGAUGGAUCUCGGAUCUCAAGCGGAUGGGACGGCCAGUGCCCCCUUGGUGA